AUGAUUCCACCAACAAAUGAUGAUUUGAAAGCCAUCCAUUCAAUAGAAGCUAUUCUAGGUAUUAAAAAUUUGGAUGGUCAUCAUCAUCAUCAUCAUCAACAACACCGUCAACAAUACCCUCAACAGCAUUUGUUUCCUCCUUCUCAUCGUAUGUCAUCAUCAAAAUUUAAUCAACAAAAGUUUCUGGAUAAAAAACGAAGUUCCAAUGAACUUUAUCCUGAUAGUAAAGCUAUUCGUCGUACGAAUACUGAUAUUGAUGUUUUGAGUACUAGUAAAUGUAACGGUAAUUCAGAAGAUGAAGUCGACGAUUUAGACGAUGAUGAUAAUGACAGUGACGAUCGAUUGUUAUCAAAUCAACAAAAUAAUUCAAAAAAGAAACAUCGUCGAAAUCGUACAACAUUUACAACAUUUCAAUUACAUGAGCUUGAACGAGCUUUUGAAAAAUCUCACUAUCCUGAUGUUUACAAUAGAGAGGAAUUAGCAGGCAAAAUUAGUUUACCAGAAGUGCGAGUACAAGUUUGGUUUCAAAAUCGUCGUGCGAAAUGGCGUCGACAAGAGAAAGCUGAAGCAAGUACAUUAAAGAUAAAUCCUGAUUUUCCCAUGUCAAGUUUUCCUCCAACAUCUCGACCAACAAAUCCUUCGUCGUCAUCCCCUGGUUCAUCAACACUACCAUUGGAUCCAUGGCUUGUUUCAUCCUUCGCAACAUCAUCAUAUUCAACAAAUACAAAUGGUUCUCAUAAUUCAAAUAAUAUACCGUUUUUUCCAACAAAUUGUAAUGUAUCCUCCCUUUAUUCAUCGUCGGCAUAUCCAACUUCCCCACCAUUUCAUCAUUCAUAUGGUUCAUUUUCUUCAGACACCAAUGAUAUGAUCAAUGAAGCAACAAAUUUAAAUCCAAAUAAUAAUGUUAAUUCAAUUGCUCAUUUACGUAUUAAAGCCAAAGAAUAUAUGAGUGCCAUUAUUGGGACAACCAAUAGUACAAAAAAUCAUCUCCUAUGGCCUCAAGGUGUAUGA